AAUUCCGAGAACCUCGCUCCCACUCUUGAUACCUGUCUCCCUGGCGACAUGAUAAUUCGAUAACAAGCUGAUUUACAUUAAUAAGAUAAGAAUCAACAAAAUACUGUAAAAUUCAAGAUCAAGAAUAAAUAUCGAUCUGAAUUUUCCUCUGAAUAAAAUAAAUAUGGAAACUUUUUAAAGAAGCGUGGGAAACUAUCGCAUUCGACUGUCUAUACACAUUAGCCUAUUAUUAUCUUUUAAUCAAGAUUCAUGGACGAAUCCCGGCGUUCUCUGAAGCGGAACAAUUCCGGAUUGCACUAGCGGAAAAUCGCACGAUAAAUUUGAGGGAUUUUGCAACGGAUCUUUUUUUCUCAGUAACGUUCUGGGUCACGCGCGAAUUCGCAUGUGUCACGUAAGCACAACGCAAGCGGGAAAACACGCGUCUCCUCAACAUGUCUCGAAAUUACAUAUUUCCAGAUUGGAAGAGGAGAUGUGAUGCAGUAACAAUCAAUCCAGGGAAAAUACGCGGCCAUGAUAUGUUCCCGGUAUGAUGCCGUAGUGGCCGAUCGUGACGUGAGGAUGAAUGAAUCAGUUGUGUCGCAUGGUGGCAAGAUCAGUAGACCAGAGUACGUCACGCGUGCCGGACAGUCCGUAUCGUGAAUCGUUCCGCGGAGGACAGAGAGGAGUACUUUGAAAAACCUGGUGAUCUAAUUUACGAUAAUAUUCUUCGACUAGCGUUUGAUUCAGUUUCCCGGCGAGAUGGACAACAAGGUGAAGACUGGCAAUGAUCAGAUAAUACAUUUGGACGAAAUCCACGACGAGGCGGUAAGGCCGCUGACUGCAUACGGCAAUACGGAUGCAAUUCCGUCCGUGUUUUCGCGCGCCGGUUUGACCACCGAGACUGAUGAUCUCGCGAACAACCCGGGAAAUACAGCACGGAGGCCUUCGAUCCCCAGAAUCGAGAUCGAUCCUGACGGAAACGACAAGCCGGUGGUUGAUUUUGACAGAAACGGACCGGAUUUCUCACCUGGCUGGACCAUCCCACCGUCCGUACAGCUCUCCACUCCCGAUGUAAACGUUUAUCAGCACAAAAAGACUCUCGCCCAAGGUAUGAUGGACUUGGCGUUGCUGUCCGCCAACGCGAAUCAGAUGCGCUACGUUCUGCAGACGGAUGGUCGACAUCCCUACUUUUAUCCGUCGCUCACCAUGAUCAUCAUGAGCCUGUUGCUGCAGAUCGCAGUGGGUAUCGGCCUCAUCUGGAACAGCGUCUACAAUGUCAAGGAACACGAGCAAAUGUGCAAGGCUAAUAAAGCCAACAACUGGACGGUCAUCGAUUGAGGAAGAGAUCGAGAGAAUCCAACGCGAGCAGUUUGAGACUCACCAUCCAGUCGAAGAACGCGUGUCGCCUUCGCAGCCACUUGGCACGCGUGUCCAGCAAAAUCCCGGCGUCGCGGAAUUCUCGCCGUCGUUCCUCGUCACCGGAACUCUCGUCAACGUUCAUCAUUGCCAGGCG